AUGACUCGUCCGACCAAGACGCUCAAGGCAAAGACACCCACGAAAAAAGACCUUCAGGAACAAGUCCGGCUCCUCCAAGAAGCCAUGCAUGGAACUGUCGGCGUUGAAGCCGCCGCGUGUGCAGAUCAGGUGGUUCAAGUCACGUUGCCACCGACCUUUUACAGUGAUGAUAUGGUGGUUACUUUGCUCGAGCUCCGUUUGUGGGAACGUCUGCGCCUGCAGUUCAACAUUAUUGUUGGAGGAGACAACGCUGUCACAACAACGUCGUUGAAGAACAAGGAGUACGACAUCCGUGCCAAGUACAAGGCUAUUCACAUCAAGGAAGCUGCGACGGGGAACGACUCCGACAUCCCUAUCGACUAUCCCGUUUACUGGGAUGACAUGGUUGCAGCGUUUGGGGACAUGCGAGGAUUAGGCGACGUCGAGUUUGGAGAUGAUGUUCCAUUCCCAACAGAAAACAGUGGUCAAGCAGACAAGCGCAAGGCGGUGGAUGACUUGGAGAGCCAGCGACAACAACGAUCCAAAUCCAAGGUUGACAUUGGUGCCGGUCUGGUGUCCUUGGGCGAUGCGUUGGCUAAAGGACUAGUCGAUGCUGCUGCAUUUCGUUCGUUUCAACAGGUGUGA